AUGUCUCGUGUUGAAGAUGUUGAGUUCUCUCUAAACGUAGUUUUAAAUAAGCAAAAGGACAAAGUUCUAUUUGCAGAAGUCGAUAGCGAUUUUGCGGAUGUUUUGUUAAGCUUCUUGACAUUGCCAUUGGGAACAGUUGUUAGGGUUAUGAAGAAGCAUUAUGGAGAAGAUAAAGAGACACGUGUCAACAUUGGAAGCUUAACGAGUUUAUACAAUGGAGUUGCAAAUCUCAACAGCAUCACGGAUUGUUCGAAGGAGAUGCUUCUAUAUCCGAAAAGCUUAUUCAAAGAUGAAUGUCGUAAACUGAAGCUCAAUAUUAAUGAAUGCUUCGCUUGUAAGAAAUGGUUUUGCCGUAUUAGAGGAACAUGCAUUUGCGGAGAUUCAAAGAAAAUGGAAAUCGGUGCAAUGCAUUUUGAAGCUACUGCUAACGGUGAUGGUGGAGUUUUUACCCUAUCGAACACAGAAUCUUUCAUAAUCACCGAUGAUCUUCUAAUGUUUCCUCACACCACAGGAUUCAUUCAAACUAUUAAAAAACUUCAACUCGACGAUGUUGAUGUGGGUGAGACGAGGAAUGUGACCUUUGGAUUCAGUCAAAUAAUGGAUUUGCUAAAGGGAGCCUUGCUCUCCUCGACUCCAUUAUCGGAUGUCAUACUAAAAAAGGACAGGAUGAUUACACCGCGAAAGCAAAACCCUUGCACCGCAUUAAAUAGAACGCUUUACAACUUCAAGAAGUUGAAUUUGACAUUGAUAGUACAAGAAUCUAGCAAUAGGUUAUUAUUUGCUCAAGCAGGGAGGGAGAUGGUAGAUUUCCUCUUCGGUUUGUUGGAAAUCACUUUGGGCGAUGUCCAGUUUCUUUUGGGCAGUAACUCUUGUCUUAAGAGUAUAAACAAUUUGUACGAAAGUACUGAAUAUCCUGGUUUAGUAAAAGCAAGUACAAGACGCAGGAUAAUGCAACCAAAACGAUAUAAAUGCGUAUUAACCAGCAAUAUACUGGAUGUCGAAGGAGCAUACGUCAAGGGACCAAAAAUGUAUAACAUAGCUGAUGAUUUAACGGUGACACCUUUUUCUACAGCGUCGACCAUUUCUAUUCUCAAAGGUCUGAAAAUCCCUUUUUCCGACAUUGUGGAACUCCCGGUUGAGAUUCGGUUGCAAGAGGCUCUGAGCAUACUAAGAGCAUCUCUUAUAUCGACUUCUGCUCUAACCGAUGGCCUGAUGAUCAAUUCCAUGUUAAGGAAAAAGCGUAAGAGAAGAUGGGACGAAUAG